UCAGAAAGACGAUCAACAGUUCCUACCUGAGCGUCACAGCGUGAACAACAGAGUUACACAAAGGGUGAUAUCGAAGUUGAUCAUCACAGCUUGCUGGCCAAUCCUCUGCUUCUCUUUAGUUCACUGCUUUGAGAAGAAUGAAACUCACGCUGUACUCCCUUGUUCUCUGUGGUUUGGUGGUAGCAUUACAGGCCAGUCUUCUCCCCGAGACGGAGGUAACCGAAGAAAAGAAAACGAUCGCAGAAUCAGACAAGCAACCAAGAGAUAAACGUGGAUUCGCAAGCGGUGGCGGCGGAUAUGGAGGUGGUAGUGGAGGCUACGGUGGAGGAGCUGGGGGAGGAGCUGGUGGAUAUGGAGUAGGUUAUGGUGGUGCUGCUGCCAUUGCACAGGAGGCCGCUAAUGCAGCAAAGGCAGCCCAGAAUGCUCAGGCUGCUGCUGCAUCCCAGGCCGCCCAACAAGCACAGGCCACCCUUGCUGCACAGGCCACUCAAGCUGCCCAGCAAGCCCAAGCUGUUGUAGCUGCCAAACAGGCCCAAGCUGCUCAGAUCUCCCAAGCAGCACAAGCUGCUCAGGCCGCUGCUUUUGCUGAAUCCGCACAGGCCGCUCAAGCCGCCCAAGCUGUUCAAGCUGCCGAAGCCACCAAGGUUCAAGCCCUUCAACAGGCACAAGCCAUUGCCGCUGCUGCCAAAGCUGCCCAGUCUCACGCUGCACAGGCAGUUGCAUCCCUCCAAGCCGCUCAGGCCCAACAAGCUUCCCAAGCUCAAAUGGCUUACCAGGCUCAAGCGAACGCCCAAGCUUUGGCUUACAAACAACAAGCUUCACUAGCUGAUUUGGCCGCUGCCCAGCAGGCGGCCAACAAGGCUUAUUCAGCCGCUCAAGCUGCCCAAGCUACUGCUGUUGGUGGUGGUGGAUCCUACGGUGGAUUUGGCGGUGGAUAUGGUGGAGGACAUGGUGGUCUGCCCAGGAUGUUAAAACUCCCCACUUGUCUAACAAGCUUCUGAUUUCUUUUUCCAUUUCUUUUAAGAUGGCACAUUGAUUGUGGAUGUUUCACGAUAUAGAUUUAUGACGAUAAUCAAAUAUAUAAUUAAAAAACCA